CAAGGAGGUGUUGUCGACUGCAAUCAAAAACGGAUGAUUCUUGUCAGACUCGUUGAAAGUACGUGUAUAGCUUGUUUAGUAGAAGACCGAUGGAGCUAGACCCCUGGUUGUCCUGGGCUGAAUUCGAUGACUUCAGCGACGGUGGUGGCAAAGUUCAAGAAAUCAAGAAAAUCCAUUGUGCGGUGGAGAUUUUGAAGAGGCAACUUGUCGAGGAGCAAGAGAAUGCAGAGGCGCAACUUCUGCCUCUGGUGCUCACAAUCACCUCUGACGCAACACAGAAAUUCAAGGAGGAAGACAUUGUUCAUCAAACCCUGAUCGCGAAUGUUCUCAGUGAAUCCCUGGAAGCUGGAGCCAUCACCAGUGCGGCAGCGAGCAAGCAUAUCUUGCCCAAGUGCCUCAACUAUGUCAACGCGCAGUCAAACGAAGUCAGAGAUCCGUGGUUGAAGGUUCUGAACCUGCUCAUCCCGCUGCUGCCCAAAGAAGAGAUUGAAUCUUCGGUUCUACCCUUGGCCUUGGCGCUCGGCGAAGUCUCCAAGACGGCAGAGCAGCGAUUGCUCUGUGCAAAGAUGGUCGGAAUGCUGGUGAGUUAUCUCCCUCCAGCUGUUGCCCUGCAGCCGCCCAAGGCCUCUCACAACAAGCUGGAGGACAAUACCGUCUCUCUCUUCGACCGCGCGAUCGCCCUAUGUCAGGACACUGACCAUCGAGUCCGCGCGUGCCUGGCGUUGCAGCUACCCUCCGUUGCCCAGAUGCUGGUGAGGAGAAUAGCAGCUGGGGAGGGCGCGACCCCGCAUCAAGGCUCGAACGGGAAGCUCUUAGCGGCCACGAUGGCUCAGAUGAAAAUCUCCUCUCCCUCGAUUCCACAGGGGUUGAUGGACAAGCUGAAUCUUGUGAAGGAAGAGAUCGAGGAGCUCUUGAGGGACGAGGAAUCAGAAGUGAGGGAGCAUGCGGUGGAGGGAGCGGCUGCCCUGCUGAAGGAACUCCCGAAAGCUGUCAAGCUUUCGCUUGCCAUCUUCCUCACAAACGAGGUUAAGAAAUAUUACAAUUCUGAUGCCCCUGACGUGGUAUGGAUAAGCAAAAGCAUCGGACCACUCGUCCAUGAGAUGUGGAAGGACGUUGACUGUGAAGCUAGCGUUCUUCUGCUCAACUUCGUCCUCUCUCUGCCUCCUUCUGCCUCGUCUGAAGUCAGAUCCAACCUAGCUUACAACCUCCCCGGCAUCAUUCUCACAAUCUCAGAUCUAGGGAAGCUGGAGACAGUCAAGAGUGCUCCAGAGAAGAGGAUGAUGCAGGACAAGAUCGAGAAGAUCCGCUGCAUCCCCGAGAUGCUGUGCAAGGACGAGGACAAGGAGGUGCUGAAAGACUCUGUUCCCAACGUCCGUCGACGAGCUUGCUUCCUCAUGCCCCAGCUGCGCAGAAGCCUCCAGCUGCCCUUCGACGUCCACAUGCUCGAAAAUCUGACCAACGCCCUGCUGAGACUUGUGAAGGACAAAGAUCCUGAGGUGCUCCGCAUUGCAACUUCGCUAUCGCAAGAGGUCUAUCAGCUAGAUGAGGUGCGGACGAUUCAGCCGGACCCUCAAGAUGAGGUGAAACGAGCGGAUGAAGAAUCUGUCCAUGGGAACCUCGAGAGGAAGGUGAAGACCACGAGAGGAGGAGGAGGAGGAGGAGAUCAUUCAUGUAUCCAACAAUGCCACAGCUCUUGA